CCUUUUCCAUUUCAAUAUCCCUUUCUUUCACUCUUCCUUUCAUCCCCAUUCUUAUUUCGCCAUGGCAGGAACUGGGGUGGUUGCUGUUUAUGGGAACGGCCAAAUGACGGAGACCCACAAAUCCCCUUACUCCGUUAAGGUCGGGCUGGCGCAGAUGCUCCGUGGCGGCGUGAUUAUGGACGUCGUCAACGCCGAACAAGCUCGUAUCGCUGAAGAAGCCGGCGCCUGCGCCGUCAUGGCUCUCGAGCGUGUCCCUGCCGACAUCCGUGCCCAAGGCGGUGUGGCGAGGAUGAGUGACCCACAACUCAUUAAGGAAAUCAAGCAGGCUGUUACUAUCCCCGUUAUGGCCAAGGCUCGUAUUGGUCAUUUCGUUGAGGCCCAGAUCCUCGAAGCCAUCGGGAUUGAUUAUGUUGAUGAGAGCGAGGUUCUGACCCUGGCUGACGAAGAGAAUCACAUUAACAAACAUAAUUUCCGGAUUCCUUUCGUUUGUGGGUGCCGGAAUUUGGGUGAAGCGCUCCGGAGAAUACGUGAAGGAGCCGCCAUGAUUCGAACCAAAGGAGAAGCCGGGACCGGCAAUAUUGUCGAAGCCGUUAGGCACGUCAGAUCCGUGAUGGGGGAUAUUAGAGCUCUUAGGAGCAUGGAUGACGAUGAGGUUUUCACCUUCGCUAAGAAAAUCCAAUCUCCCUACGAUUUAGUUAUGCAGACGAAACAGCUUGGGAGGUUGCCGGUGGUGCAGUUCGCCGCCGGUGGAGUGGCGACGCCAGCUGAUGCGGCGUUGAUGAUGCAGUUGGGCUGCGACGGAGUGUUCGUUGGCUCUGGGGUUUUCAAGAGCGGUGACCCGGCUAAACGUGCCCGGGCCAUUGUUCAGGCCGUCACUCAUUACAGUGACCCGAACGUGCUUUCUGAUGUUAGCUGUGGGCUCGGUGAGGCUAUGGUCGGUCUUAAUUUGACUGAUAAGAAGGUCGAGCGGUUCGCAGCUCGGUCCGAUUAGU